CAGCUGUCAGCCGGCCGGUGUUUCUCACUGUUUACCUGUUUAUUUCGCCUUUUAAAGCUGGAUUUUUUAAAAGUAGAGAGCUAGAAUUUGCUGAAAGGAUGCACCCUGCUGUCGCUAUCGCCCUGGUUUUCGCCGGAUGCUGCAGUAAUGUGGUUUUCCUGGAGCUGCUGGUCACAGAGCAUCCAGGUGCAGGGAACAUCGUCACGUUUGCUCAGUUCCUGUGGAUCGCAGCAGACGGCUUCUUCUUCACCACAAACUUCGGCCGUAAAAAGCCAGUCAUUCCUGUCAGGUGUAAGUACGCAACGAUGGUGGUGAUGUUCUUUACAGUCAGCGUGGUGAAUAACUACGCCCUCAACUUCCACAUCCCCAUGCCUCUGCACAUGAUCUUCCGAGCGGGAUCUCUAAUUGCUAAUAUGAUGCUGGGAAUCAUCCUGUUAAAAAAGAGCUAUAAGCCAGCCAAGUAUGUAGCAGUCCUGAUGAUCACCUGUGGGAUCUUCACAUGUACCUACAUGUCAGCCCAGUCUGUGGGUGCUGAAAACGAAGAUGCUGAGACUGAGGAUGAAGGGCUGGUGCAGUUCCUGUGGUGGUUGCUAGGCAUAGCCAUGUUGACCUUUGCCCUCUUCAUGUCGGCCAGAAUGGGCAUCUAUCAGGAAGUCCUAUACUCCAAACAUGGCAAACAUCCGAAGGAGGCACUUUUCUACAACCAUGCCUUGCCACUCCCAGCAUUCCUCCCGUUAGCAGGAGACAUCUACAGACACGCCGUCCUGUUCAGUCAGAGUGAGCCAAUCCUGAUACCUGUACUGGAGAUCGGGGUCCCAAAGAUGUGGUUCUUUCUACUGAUGAACUGUAUUACACAAUAUAUCUGUAUCCGCGGGGUGUUCAUCCUGACGACGGAGUGUGCCUCUCUCACCGUCACCCUCAUCAUCACCUUACGCAAGUUCAUCAGCCUCAUCCUCUCCAUCUUCUACUUCCAGAACCCCUUCACCGUGUACCACUGGUUCGGCACCGCGCUGGUGUUCGGCGGGACACUGCUGUUUGUGGAUAUUUACAACAUGAUACGGCAGAGCCUGGCAAAGAAGAAGGAUUGAUUUUUUUAUUUUAAUUGGGAGGAGUGCCAACUCAAGGAUUUAUU